AUGGCGUUGGACGAUCAACAGCGCGAGAUAAUUCUCGGGCACACCCGCCGUCUCAUCAGCUCUCGGGACUACCCGAAGACCGUCUGCCCUUCCGAGAUCGCUCGUGCAAUGUCAGCCUCAGAUCUCUCGACUUUGGACGCGCUGGACUGGCGAGCCACGAUGGUUGAUAUUCGGGAACUGGUGUGGGAGCUAAGGGAACAGGGUGAGGUAGAAGUGCUGCAGAAAGGAGAGGUGCUUGAUGUGGAAAGCUUGUCUGAUAUUAGAGGACCGAUUCGUGUGAGGAAAGUGCAAACGCAAUAG